CCAGAGUAAAUACCCAAGAAAUGCUCUGAAAUCCCCUACAAUGGCUUUAUAAAUCCUGAACAGUCCUCAAUAAUCGGCAGUUCAUCCUACGAGCAGAAAUAGAAGGACUGUGAAUACUUCUUAGCACCAGCAUGACAGAGACAAUGGACAGUAUUACUAGCUCAGCAUCACCUCUUAUUGAGUAUGGGUUGUCUUUGAGAGGAACCAACAUUGACAGUAUAUCCCGCAGUAUAGCCACCAUGAGAAAUGUGUCCAUUCAAAUCACUAAUUUCACAGACAGGUACAUCUUAUCAAACCCAAGGACCUACACUAGCAGUGGAUGUUGUCUUAAUCCUCCUCAACCUACAGUAGCAAAAAAGACCAGUGAAGCCUGCUCCUUUACCAAAACACAAUUUUCUGCACGUGGUUCUGUUGGAGUCCUGGCAUACCAGGUCCUUAAAGAUGAAAAGCACUUUGUAGGGGAUCUUGUCAUAAUGUUUUCUGUGCCUUUUGACUACAUUUGGUAUGAAAAUUAUUUAGCUCUUGGUAUUUUUGAAAACCAAGUUUCAUGUAAUUGUGAUCUGUUUUAUGACCUGUAUAACAUGAAAGGUACAUUCACCAGGGAAAGGGCUACAGGAAGUGAAGUCAUGUACAUGUAUCCUGGACAAGGAAUUUGUGUGAAGGGAACAAUGUCCACUGCAGGCAAUUCAAUAAUAAGGGUUGAAUUUCGAGAUUUGCAAUCAGCAAAACUAGACAGACAUGAGCAAAACACCACAGAUUGAACAUCAGGGGGUCUCUGAAGGAUGAUUGAAUAUGUCUAUAAACCAAUACACACCUACUAAUAAUAUGUCUGUCUAUGAAAUAAUACACUAUGGCUACUAUGAAAUAAUAGCCUAUUACUAUUGCAGUCAUUUCUCAAUAUAAACUAUACAUAAAUUAAUCAAAAUAUCAACAUGAUUUACAUUUGUUUGAAUAUUUAUUACUACUGGAACUGCAACCACUGCAAACACAUGAAUAACAUAGCUAUUUAAAUAUAUUCAUAGCUCUGUGUUGAUAUAUAUGGGGGAAUGCAAACAAAACAUGCUGCAGAACUGACACUUGAUUCAUUCAAGAGAUUCAAGGUUAAAAUUCUCCAUUCUCAAAGGGUUUCAUUAUUUUAACUCAACGAUUCUUAGCCCUGGUCCUAAUGUAUGCCUUAUCCUGCACAUUUGAGUGAUUUCUCUGCUUUCAACACUUCUAAUUCUGCAAUGCACUGAUUAGCAGUCCUCCGUAAGUCAAAUUAGGUUGUGUUCGAGCUUUAAACAUGGAAAUCAAGAUCCAGGAUUUUGGGUAUCUGUAACUUUUGUGUGUAAAAUUGUAAGAGUCAAUUAAAUAAAAAUCAUUUUACAGUGAAAAAGCAAAAGCGAGUUUACUAAAAUCGUGAAGAUCCUAAACCUAAAAUUUGCUGUACUCCAAAUCAAACAAUACAUUCUUUCAAUAUUAUCAGAUACAGUACCAAAUCAAUAUAAAAUUUACUUUUAUUCUUACCAAGAAAGGUACUGGAGUUAAUAAUGUGCUCAACUGCUGAUGUGUGGCAUUGAUAACUUAAUCCUUUUUGCUAUUUGAUGAUAAAAGUUUACCGUAAUUCCAUAAUCUAUAACCAUAGAAGCUCUGGACAGUUUGGUAUAUUACCUACAUUAAAAACUACUCUUUAAACAAGUGAAAUACUUGAUUAGUAGCUGUAGCCGAUUAGUAAAUGUACAAAAGUCAGUAUGUGUAGGAAAAUUAUUUUUAUUGAAGGGAAAACAGCAUUUAUAUGACCAUUUCAUUACAUCAUUUGCUUGGCACUGAGUAUUUAACAAAUUAUGAAAAUUAAGGAAAGACGGCAAAGGGAUCAUAUCAGGGAAAACUGAAUUAAAAAUAACAACUCAAUACUGAUUAACACAGAUCCAGUAGCAGCAGGAAUGUAAGAUCAUGUUAUCAUUCUGCAUAAAUAUAGUGAUGGAUGAACACUAGAUCAGAAAGGUUUAUAACACUGUUGAUGACCUUUUACGGGUCCAAAGUGACCACUAGGGGAUGACCCAGAAACAAGCUUCAUUUCAUCUUUAAAGCAUCAAAUCUUCUAAAAACACGAAAAAACCUAUUUACCUAGUAAAGUUUAUACUCUCAAUAUUUUUUAAGCC